UAAGUUUUGUGAUCAGUCGAUUCGCUAGGCAAAGGGACGGUUGAAGACAUGGAAGGCGUUAGAUCAAGGGUGAUGAUCGCGGUUGUUGUUGCAGUCCUUCUUGCAUCCUGCUCGACCUACGUUGAUGCGCUGCCACGAAAAAAUGCGUGGUUGUGCAAGGUAUUCUGCGAAGUUCGUUGUGGCCCCAUCCCAAAGGCAGAUGAAUGUAUUCUUGAGUGCAUGGAUGGUUGCAUUAACGACAAGGCAUCUCCUCUUAACAACUGCAACUUUGGCUGCGUGAUGACUUCUUGCCUUGACAACUCCGAUCCCGAGAGUAAGAGAAGCUGUGGAGAUUCAUGCUCCAAGGGUUGCCAAGAAUCUUAUGCCCAGCAUUAGAAUAUGAUCAGAUUACAAUCCAAAUGUUAUCUGGUUAUCAUAUGUCUCUUAUUAUAUGAUCAGAUUACGUUUGAAAUGUUACAAGUAAUUAUCUAUUGUUUAUGUCAUUAAAAAAUCCCCAAAAUUAUAUUGGAAUACGAAAAAUAAAUCCAAGUUCGUCGUUGUCCAUCUAGGAUGGCCC